CUGGACUUUGUGACUUGCUCCGCUGCUCUGGAGUCCGCCCGUCGCGGGUUUUCCCCACACCCGGGACGUUCGGAAAUAGCGUUCAAGAGGGUCGCUGGAUGCGAUGGACGCCGACGGAGGGGCCCGGUGGCACCGUGCGUAAAGAUGAGGCUUCCUCCGGUGUGGGCGCUGGGCGCGUGCCAGACUGGAUGAAGUAAGACACUUGAGACAAAGUCUGCUGAGAGCACCGCCAUUGCUACUGUCUGGGACCGCUGAGGAGGACCUCUGUGCAGGUUCACACAGCCCGCCGGCAGGGUGGAGCUUCCUGACCCAUGGAGAAUUACUUCCAGGCCGAGGCCUUCAACCUGGACAAAGUGCUGGAUGAAUUUGAGCAGAACGAAGAUGAAACCGACACGCCCACGCUCUCAGAUGCCAAGUGGACCCAGAUCCUGGCUCCACCGCCCCACCUACUCUCGUUGAACCCUGCUCUGGCCCACACCGACCUGAGCCCCCGGGAGAGCCCGCUACCCUUCAAAGCCCCCCCAGACCCCCCUACCAGCGGCCCCCCAGGGGCUGACCCAACCAAACGGCUUCCCGGUCCUGAGCCCCCAUCCCCCUGGGGGGAGGAGCGGCCGGCAGAUGUCCACAGCCCUCCACUCCCCCAACCAAAUAUUGGGAAGUUGGUGGGUACUGACGACCUCUCGCCGCCCCGAGAAAAUGGCUGUCCAGCCAGCCCCGAAGUAAAUGGGCUCAGCAAAGAGGGGAGCUCCCCCCCUCCUCCCCCUCCAGACGGCAAGCUUGGUACCACUGACCAGUUGCCCUACGGCCAUGGGGAGCCGAGGGACGCCCAAAAGGGUGGCGGCGCCAGUGUUGGCCACACGUUCUUCACUUUUGAGGAGGGGCCUAGACAACAGGAGACUACAGCUGAAGGGAGCCAUACCGGCCUGGAACCCGUGUCUCCCAGCAGGGAGCCCACCAAAGAGGUAUCCAUAACCGCUGAUCCACAGGACUCUGAUCAAGAGAGACAAGCAACCAGCUCUGAAGGUGACCGCACGGAAUGUCUCCAAAAUGGGGGUGAGGCGGUUCAGGAUGGUGGUAGUGAAAAGGGGAAUGGUGUGGUUCCUGAAAGGCUCCAACUGGAAGAGGAGGAACGGGAGGAGACGAUGGAGGAAAGGAGAAGUAGCUCCGAGGGAUGGCAAGAGCAACUCUCCAGUACAGCGAGCCUCCUGAACGGGGGCAUGGAGCAGGAGAGAGGGGGCUGUGCUGGGCCACAUAAGGAAGUAGGGAAUGAGGGGAAGAAUGAGAUGGAGGGCUCGUUGUCUUCUAUCACUGUUUCCUCCAAGGAAGACUCUGUCACUGAGGAGAAAGAGAUGGAAGAGAGCAAGCAGGAGAGCAGCUAUGGCGGAGGCAGAGGUGGAGGUGGUGCCCAAAUGAAAUUCAACAACAAUCGGCUGCAGCCGGUCAGCGUGCCCUGCGGAGGGGCACGGCCCAAACAGCCUGUCAGCCUCAAGCUCCAGAUCCCACGGCCUCUGUCGGGCCAAGUCCAAAAUCAACUCAGCCCCCCCGCCGGCAGCAAGAACAAGAACCUGGAGGGCCAAUGUCGCACAGCCGCAGCCUCGGAAACGACAAACGGCGGGGGUGAGCAAGGCAUGGUCAGGGUGAACGGGGAGGGUGUUGACUCUGCUUCUCUGCUGCCUGCGGAGAGCCCAGACAACGACCUUCAGGCGGGCCAACAGGGGGCGUUGUCAAGGAAAGCUGCCAGUUCCCUGGGAGAGGUGGCUCCGGUAUGGGUGCCUGACUCCCAGGCUCCAAUUUGUAUGAAUUGUGAGGUCAAGUUCACCUUCACCAAGAGGAGGCACCACUGCAGGGCCUGUGGCAAGGUUUUCUGUGCGGCGUGCUGCAGUCUAAAGUGUAGGCUGGUGUACAUGGACAGAAAAGAGGCCCGCGUCUGUGUCUCCUGCCAUUCUGCUCUGAUGAACGCUCAAACAUGGGAGAACCAGGCAGGUGGCAGCAACCAGAGUCCGAACCCCAACAACCCAGCUGAAUACUGCUCCACCAUCCCGCCCCUGCAGCAGGCCCAGGCCUCUGGGGCUCUCAGCUCCCCUCCACCCACCGUCAUGGUGCCUGUGGGAGUCCUCAAGCAGCCAAGCUCCGAGGGGUCUCUCCCACGGGAGCAGAGGAGGGUGUGGUUCGCCGAUGGGAUCCUACCCAAUGGGGAGACGGCAUCAGAGUCCCCAAAACCUCCUGCCGCUAGCCCUGCCCCCUCACACUCGCCGGCGGCGUCCCCUCACUCUAACAAAUCCUCCGGUUCUGAAUACUCAGAGGCAGCCCACACCCCUGCAGCCCCAGUGGGGAGCCCCGUGGGCAGUUCCCUCAGUCUGAUCCCGGAGGACGGACUUCCUCCCAUCCUCAUCUCCACUGGAGUCAAAGGAGGUACGGGAGGCCACAUCACAGACUACGCAGUGGAGGAGAGGCCCUCAGAGAUUGUCCUCAUGCAGCAGUUGGAGGAGGGCGGCCCUGACCCUCUGGUCUUCGUGCUCAACGCUAACCUUCUGGCCAUGGUUAAACUUGUCAACUACGUAAACAGGAAGUGCUGGUACGUGACAACCAAGGGCAUGCACGCCGUUGGCCAGGCAGAGGUGGUGAUUCUUCUCCAGUGUCUGCCUGAUGAGAAGACCAUCCCCAAGGACAUCUUUACCCACUUUGUGCAGCUCUAUCAGGAGGCCCUAACCGGCAAUGUGCUGAGCCACCUGAGCCACUCGUUCUUCACGCAGAGCUUCCUGGGUAGCCGGGAGCAUGGCGGCUUCCUGUACAUCAGCCCCUCCUUCCAGUCGCUGCAGGACCUGCUGCUGCCCAACCCACCUUACCUCUUCGGCAUCCUGAUCCAGAAGUGGGAGACGCCCUGGGCCAAGGUCUUCCCCAUCCGCCUCAUGCUGCGGUUGGGGGCAGAGUACCGACUCUAUCCAUGUCCGCUGUUCAGCGUGCGGUUCAGGAAACCCCUCUUCGGAGAGACCGGUCACACCAUCAUGAACCUCCUGGCAGACUUCCGUAACUACCAGUACACGUUGCCUGUGGUGAAAGGUCUUGUGGUGGACAUGGAGGUGAAGAAGACCUGCAUCAAGAUUCCCAGUAACCGCUACAACGAGCUAAUGAAGGCCAUGAACAAGUCCAACGAACACGUGCUCGCCAUCGGGGCAUGUUUCAAUGACCGAGCCGACUCUCAUCUGGUGUGUGUGCAGAACGACGAUGGCAACUACCAGACCCAGGCCAUCAGCAUCCACCAUCAGCCCCGAAAAGUCACUGGUGCCUGCUUCUUCGUGUUCAGCGGUGCUUUGAAAGCCUCAUCGGGGUACUUGGCCAAGACGAGCAUUGUGGAAGAUGGCGUUAUGGUCCAGAUCACUGCCGAGACCAUGGAUUCGAUACGGCAAGCCCUGAGGGACAUGAAAGACUUCACCAUCACCUGUGGCAAGGCUGACCAAGAGGAGAGCCAGGAGCAAGUCCACAUCCAGUGGAUGGAGGACGACCACAACUUCAACAAGGGAGUGAUCAGCCCCAUUGAUGGGAAGUCCAUGGAGUCCAUCACCAGCGUCAAGAUCUUCCACGGCUCCGAGUUCAAGGCUAACGGAAAGGUUAUCCGCUGGACCGAGGUGUUUUUCCUGCAGAGUGAAGACCAGCCUAAUGGUCUGAGCGACCCGGCGGAUCACAGCCGCCUGACGGAGAACGUCGCGCGGGCGUUCUGCAUGGCGCUGUGCCCGCACCUUAAGCUGCUGAAGGAGGACGGCAUGGCCAAGCUGGGCUUACGGGUCACUCUGGACUCCGACCAGGUGGGCUACCUGGUGGGCAGUAACGGCCAGCCCCUGCUGCCCCAGUACUUGAGUGACCUGGACAGUGCCCUGAUUCCAGUCAUCCACAGCGGGGCGUGCCAGCUCAGUGAGGGCCCCGUGGUCAUGGAGCUGGUCUUCUACAUCCUGGAGAUUAUCUCCUAGGGGCCACGGACAUGCCAACGCAGACUCCAAGCAGAGGUCACAAGAAUUCAGUCUCUCUCUCUCUCUCUCUCCCUCUCUCUCUCUCCACCACCCAUUCCCCUCCCAUCAUCUCAUGGCCUGUGAGGAGGGGUAGCAGCAUUCCUCACAGCCACCUAUGCAUCCAUCAUCUCCUGUCUGCUCCCAGGACCUAAAGACACUCUGAGCGGGACCGUGUUUGCCCACAAACCUCCCUCCUUAUUAGGUUUAAUUCAUGACAUGAGGUGCUGUCAUCAUUUACCUGGGCCACAAAGUGUUUGCUAUUAAUUCGUUGUGUUUUUGUUUAUUCUGCUUGGAGUACGAGGCGGGUGGAGUUUUUCCUGUAUCACGACAAUUCACACAGUCUCAGGGAAGUUGCCAAUCGCAGAAGUAAGCUAAAUUGACUUCCAAAUAUUUUCCUGUGAUUGUUAAAACUUUCUGGCACUCAUUUGUAGCAUCCUAUGUGGCAAACCCCACCCGUCUGGCAUGCCGAGCAGAUUAAAAUAAACAUGAAGGAAUUGUUGGCAAAUGCCGUUUUCACCCAACCGGACUCCCUCGGUGGUGUUAAUUAGUUCCUCUGCUCCAACGCUCCAUACCUCUCCCCAUCCCUCCAUUACCGCCAAUUCUACUGUGGUAACCUGAGGCCUUGGGAGCAGAAGCAAUGAAUUCUGGGUAAUAUCUGCAAAGCCCUCUUUGUAGCGUGGAUGCUCAAGACCACCAGGAAAAGGCAUGUCCAAGUUUUCCUCUGACAUUACAAACAGCGGAAGACGAUAUAAAUAUAUAUACACAGAACGUUCGGUGAGGGAAAGUGCCUCUGUGUGGUGAGACGGUUCACAGUGCCUGCAGCAGCAACUCAUGGAGAACGCAGAGAGGACGAAACCCCUCCUGGCUUUAGACUCACCUGUUUAGCUUUAUCCACCAAUCACCAGAUGCUUUAUUUCGUGGCGUGGACAAGUGCGUCUGCAAUUUUUUUUUUUUUUCUUAAAUAUUUUCUUGGCCGAACAGUCGUCCCUCUAUAGUCCCACGUCCGUAACCUCCAGAGGUCCUUGUCGAAGGGUCUCGGUCUCACAGCUGAGCUGCAGAGCUGUUGGAUUUAGUGAAACGGUAAAGACAACAGCUGACAUGACUUCGAGACUCCAGAAAGGUCGAUUCUUGACCGAUGCCCUGAUGAAAUCAGCAGUACCCACUGCUUGAUUACACAGAAACGUUGGAGUCAAAAGGUCUUUUUGUCUAAGAUGAAAGUCCGCCAACAUACUAAAAAAAAAAAAAAAAAAAAGGUUUCAAUGCUUUAUUGAUAAAACUGAGUUCACAAGAAAAGGAGAUUAGGUGCCGGCGAAGGAUUUUCAACACUACAGAUGAUACCUGGGCAAGGUUCACGGGUGUUUUUGUCUGAACAUGUCAGGCAAAAAAAAAAGUUGCCUGCACCCCCCCCCCCCUCACACACACACACACAAACCUCGCUCCCGGUUCAGUAACUUCAGUGCUCUUGGUUUAUCCGGCUGGUGGAGUGUAACAGACGGUUUCCCUGCCCUCUUCAUACCAAGAAAACAUAGAGAUACGACAAAAAAAUGAACUGUUUUCAAACGCAGACGCCGUGCACUGGAUUUUAAGCCAUUUACAGGAGAGGAAAACAAGACUUGUUGGUUGGGGGGGGUAGCAGUGUGCCUGAUUGAGAUGGGGGGGGGGUCUCCCAUGGUUCUGCUAUAACAAUAGAAAACUUGAAGUCUGGAUCCAGGGUUCCUAUGCAUCCUCAGUCUGAAAAUGCCGCAGCUCGGUGACGUCACGGCCCGAACUUCCGCCUUUUCAGUAAGCUGUUGCGUUCGACAUCCGUGAGUCAGUCUUCACCACAACUUGUAUCACUGUGAAACGAGCGGGUCCACAAAUAUGCACGUCACCUACAGGUGUGUGUAGAUGGAGGCUGAACACACAACGUUCUCAAAACUUUUCCGUACUACUUGUGUUAUUGGCAAACGUUCCAGAGGAACCUGGAGAUUAUCGGCUCAGUGUUCCUGUACCAGUUCUCCAGGCUCUUGCAGGACCCCCGCAGAUCAGAUGUUUAAUCCCUUUUUAUUUGAGAGAGAGAGAGAGAGAGAGACACUUUUGAGUAUCUCAACGCUUUCAUUAAAAGGCCUGUGUGGUUUCUAGUUGGAAGAGAAGCCCCCUAUCUUCUGCCGUGUGGCACAGCAGGCUGGGACCCCCCGCCUCUCCUACCGUGAUACGGACCUGGGCAAAAAAAAACAAAAAACAAAAAAAAGAAAACCAAGAAUGUAUUUCUCCUGUUGCUGUUAAAAUCUGUAAAAUGUGUUAUUGUUUCUAUUUUUUGAUGGACCUGCCUAGAUUAUAAGCUUAAAAAAAACCCGACCAUAUAUUAUUGAAAAAUUAUAUAUAUAGUAACCAUCCUACAUAUUGAAAAUGAAAUUUCUCCAUAUUUAAUCACGGGACUACGAAAUCCGGGGAGGCUUAAUCAUUACAAAGUAGCCACACACACACACACACACACAACGAUUUUGUUGGUUUCGGCAACAGUCCUGUCAGUACAACUUGAGAAGCUCUCCAUCCGCAGUCGGCAGCCUCCCGCCACAGACAAUCACAUCAGCACCUGUAGAAGAGCCGGUGCGUCCGCCAACAAAGCGUUGCUCAAGAGCACGCUGGCAGCAUACCAGUCACCCGUCGCACAGUCCCAGCUGACUGUUUAAUGGCCCGUCGUAGCACAGAUGAGGCCGUGUGAGCCGAGAGCAGGACGAGCGGCGGAGGAAGGGUCGCCCUGCUGUCGUCACUACCCGGCGACAGCUCCGCCUGCUGUCGUCACUACCCGGCGACAGCCCUCGGUGUAGAGGAGGCGCGUCAAGGAUUUACUUUUCUGGGUCUCGACGUCCCCGUUCUGUUAGCGUCGUGUGGCGUUACCUGACAUGUGCAAUAUCCUAAAUCCAAACGGUGCAAUUCGGUUUAGCGUCCGUAGCUUUUUUUUCCCCUUUUCUUUCUUUUUUUUUAUUAAUUCAGUUCGCAGACGUCGACAUCUGAACUCUAACAUUGCAUGCGUAUGGAGACCGACGCGGUUGCUAUGGCGACGAGCAGCCGAACCAUUAUUUCAUGUUCUGCGGACGAGGUCGACAAAACGCAUCCAUUUAUACGAUUCUGCUGUUGACUGGGAUGUCUUUUUUUUAUUCAUUUAUUGGUUGAAAAGAACUGUAUGAAAAGCCAAAAACCCUGUACAUCUUUUUUUUCUUUCUUCCUUUCCUGACAGUACAAAUGUCGAUAAGUGGUCAAAAAAAUUGUAGUAUAUGUAUAAUAAAAACUUAUAGAAAAUUGAAAAUGAGUGCUUUUGUUUUUCCAUCUGACUGAGCCUUCCUGAAUCCUCCUUAUCUCACGCGAGGGUCCAAGGACAGGAAGUUGUGUUGCUGUAAAGCCGCCUUAGGCAGAUUUGUGAUAUUGGGCUUUACAAAUAAAACUGACGACUUCACCUGAGCCGCCAUGAGGCGACUGUAGCCCGUAUUGUGAAGAGUUGUGUUGUCUAUAAGUAUUACAGCAACCUAGAAAAUGACUUGAGUGUAACAAGUCAUCCCGCCCCC